AUGCAGUACGUCCGCAGCAUCAGCGGUUCUGUCUCCAAGACAUGGAACUCUAUCAACCCGGCCACGCUGAGCGGGGCUAUUGAUGUGAUCGUCAUAGAGCAGGAAGAUGGAACUCUCGCCUGUUCGCCCUUUCACGUCCGUUUCGGCAAGUUCUCGCUCUUGCGCCCGUUUGAGAAAAAGGUGGAAUUCAAAGUCAAUGGGAUUAAACAAGACUAUGCGAUGAAGCUGGGAGAGGGUGGCGAGGCGUUUUUCGUGUUCGCAACGACUGACGACAUCCCGGAAUCAUUGCAGACCUCGCCGUUGAUGUCCCCCGCAGAAAGCCCGCGGGUUAAUAGCGAUGAGGAUCUGGAUCUGGCCUCGUCUCUUCCAGAGCCAGAGUAUCUGGAUCUAGAUAAACCGAACGAAGAGGCGUUGUCAGAGGGUACAAAGACUCCUCCGGCCAUGUCCAUGUUGGCCGGGCAGCCGCGGGCGACUACGGACUGGGGAGUGAUUACUCCUUUGUCACGAUCUCCUGAGGAUUCGGACCUAGACCACGUCCGCCAUGGCUCCUUGAGUAAAAAGCCAGCGCUCGAUCAUUCGGUGUCGGACGAACUACUUUCAACCAGUGCCCCUCAUGAUACUACGGCUGAGCGAAUUUCCUCCACAGACGAUGAUUCUGCACGAAAUCACUCCCGUAGCCCCCCGCCCGUAUCUCCUCAGGAGGCCGUGUCUCGUGCUAUAUCUUUGUCACAGAAACUGUCCGGCUCGAAUAUUCCCUCGCAUGUCACAGAAACAGGGGAUCUCAUGCUAGAUAUGACGGGCUACAAAAGCAAUGAAGAAGACGCGCUCCGUGCAGAGGUCGUUGCCCGUAAAAUUCUGGCCGAGGAGCUGGAAGGGAGCUACGAUAUUGGAGCCCUCAUCGGAGCCGACGAACACGGUAAUUUAUGGAUCUACAGCAGCGAGGAGGCCAAGGAAGCGGCGGAUCGGAGAGCGACUAUCAACUCGAUGCGUCCCAACACCGCAAUGAGUGAGGAUGCGAUCUCAGACCCGGGCUAUCACAGUGACGGGGAUCAUCCUGUUUCGGAGCCGUCGUUGAUCGCACGACACCACCGCACCAAGUCAGAUGUUCAGCCGGGCUUUCCCACGCCACCUCGUUCUCCGAUGCAGGAUUCGUUCGAUGCUGAGACGCGCAACUACGCCAAGACUCUUCGCCUGACAAGUGAUCAACUCAAGGCCUUGCAGUUAAAGCCAGGUCCCAACACCAUGUCUUUCAGCGUCAACAAGGCGACAUGCACUGCGACCAUGUAUCUGUGGAAUGGCAAUACCCCAAUUGUGAUUUCUGACAUCGAUGGAACCAUCACCAAGUCGGAUGCUUUGGGUCAUGUUCUGAACAUGAUCGGUCGGGACUGGACCCACGCAGGAGUCGCCAAACUCUACACCGAUAUUGUCAAUAAUGGCUAUAAUAUCAUGUAUCUCACCAGUCGAUCCGUCGGGCAGGCAGAUACUACGCGAGCAUAUCUCUACGGUGUCUGCCAGGAUGGUUAUCGACUACCCAAAGGCCCGGUAAUUUGCAGUCCCGACCGCACGAUGGCGGCGCUGAGACGGGAGAUUUACCUGAGGAAGCCCGAGGUUUUCAAGAUGGCAUGCUUGCGAGACAUUCUCGGUCUUUUCUCGGGGAAAGAGAACCCAUUUUGCGCUGGCUUUGGGAACCGCCUGACCGACGCUCUAAGCUAUCGGUCUGUCAACAUUCCGUCUACCCGGAUCUUCACUAUCAACUCCAAUGCCGAAGUUUCAUUGGAUUUGCUGAGUCUCACCAAGUAUAAGAGCAGCUAUGUGACUAUGCAAGAGCUGUUGGAUCAUUUCUUUCCACCGACCAGUCUACUGGUACAGGCCGGCGGAGAGGAAUACACAGACUUUACUUACUGGCGAGAUAUUCCUCAAGAACUGGAGGACUUUUCGACGACGGACAGUGAGGACGAAGAAGAAGAGGGCGAGGGAGAUGAGGAAGAAGCUGAUGAAGCUGAUGAAAUUGCUGAGGAAGAUGCCGACGAAGAAUACGAAGACGAGUUGAGCGAGGCCGAUGGCAGUGAAUACCUUGAUGAGACUGGGGUUGCCGACGACGAGGACGGAGAAACCGACCUUGGUGCAAGCUACAUAUCCCAGGACUCGACAGCUUUGUCCAACCCUGCUGGAUCAAUCCUGGAGUCGGUAGAAGGCGAUCGGGAUCCUGAGGAAGCCGAGGAAGAGGAAGUCGAGAACAACGACUCCAAGCUGCCCGAUGCAGUCGAGCGAAUUGGCUCGACUUCUCUUCCCAUCCGGCCCAAGGCAACCGAGAAGCCCUGA